AUGAGGAUAGAGAAACUCCUCACACCUGACCGUACACCUGAUGGACGCGACAGUGACGGCGAGGACGGCGCGGCUUUGUCAGUGUGGUUUCUGGCAGUGUGCAAGAAGGGUGUUUGCUCCGCGCGCUUCGCCGUCCCGCCCUCGCGUCACUACUGCCAGAGGCCCUCCAGUGAAUCCCUCGCCCUCACGGCCGCCGCUCCCUUGCCGCCCCUUCCCGCCGGGUUCUUCUUCAGGAAGCGAGUGACAGACCCUCACAAGGUCGCGUGCCUGGUGUGUCCUUGUGUCCCUAAGGGCAAAAAAGACAACGUCGUGAUACAGACAAGGAAAAAAAUAUCCCAACAAACAUAUAAGGAAAUAAACGCGAGACAGUGCCGGAAGGAGCGUGAUAAGGCCCGUGAUGACCCCGACCUCGCGCCGGUAAACGCCCGCAGGCCCACGAAGGCGACAGGAAGGCACCACAGCUCGGAGGGCGGUGAUAGAGGCGGCACCACGGAGGGAACAGAGGCACCGCGCGGCAAGACGGAGAGAGAAAACACGGAAGAAAGCGACACGGAGAGAAGUGAGAGAAGUGAAUCCGAGGGGCCCGAGUCUGGAGGGAGUGACACGUACAGCAAUGAUUCGAAUGACAAGAAAGUGGGUGACUCCCGGGGGGAAUAUGCCGCCGUGGCUGACCCGGGCUCCAAGAGACGGGGGGCGCAGGCUGUGAGGUGGCACAAGAAGGCGAGGAUGCCGCGGUCCGAGACGGAGGAGGUGAUAGAGGUGCGGGACAUGCUUGACCUGCCGCCGAGUGUGAAGGCGUCCCUCUCAGCCUGGGGGUCCCGCUCCAGCUUCCACAGCUUCAGGAUAGACUCCAACGACAGGUAUGAGUCUUUAUGUAUUAAUUUAUUUAUUUUUAUUGUUUUAAAUUUGAAUGAUAUCCAGUUUUUUGUAACUUUCACUUUCAUUUUAACAUUAUUAGUAUAUUCAUGCAAUUUUAUAAUUCGUCGCCAUAUGAUCCUAGUUCUGCAGGUAGAGGUGUGCAAGUGCCAGCCGGGGAUUUGCACUUGGUUCACUAGAAUUACUGGGUUUACCUUUGCGUCCCUGCAGACACCUGGAGCCGCUCUUGGGGGCCUGGCCGGGCUGGACAUGAGAGCAGUGAAACCAUGUAUACUUGAUGCCUUCUUGUGCUCUUGUGGGGGUGCGUGGAAUCAAUACCUGGGCAGAGGAGGCGAGGGCUUAACACAAGGGCAGGUUCAAGUUGGAGAGUGGAUCUCCAUCCUUGGAGACUUCAAUGUUCACCACCAGUUAUGGCUUUCCUCUCCCUUCACUGACCACCCUGGUGUGCUAGCUUUUAACUUUGCUAUCUUCCAUGACCUAGGAGUCCGUGUCACUGGAGGACCAUACAGGGAGAGUUGUGGGGCAGCGGUGGAGUCAGUGUGUGGAGGCCUGUGGGAGAUGCACGAGGCGGAGGCAGAGUCGCUGGGUCGCAUAAGAGGCGCUGGUAAGGUUGGCCUGUCUGGUGCACCUGACGAGAUGGCAAGCAAGGGGUCAAGUGGUGGUGAGUAG